CGCAAGCAAAAAUGAGCGAGGAGCAUUUCGUGUCGCUUUUGCAGAGCUUGCUCUCACCUGAUACCGAGCGUAUCAAGGCUGCGACUGCGGAACUUAACAAGACCUAUUACACGUCUCCUCAGACCAUCAACGCCCUCAUACAGCUGAUCUCAUCACACCCAGAGGUUCAGUUGCGUCAACUAGCCGCCGUUGAGGCCCGUAAACUUGUUGCAAAGCAAUGGACCAAAGUUGAGGCUAAGGAGGAGCUACGCAAGAAGCUCCUCGAGGCUUGCUUCCACGAAGAUCAAAAGCUGGUCAGGCACUCCGCAGCACGAGUUGUGACCGCUAUUGCAAAAGUUGACUUCGAAGCGGAAGAAUGGGCUGAUCUACCUCGAACGCUCCUCCAGGGGGCUGAGAGUAGCGACGCCAGGCAUCGGGAGGUUGCCAUGUAUAUCAUCUUUACCUUGAUCGAGUCUCUUGGCGAUUUCUUCAUGGAGGCACUCCCCCGCUUGUUUGAGGUGUUCAGCAAGACUAUCAAGGAUCCUCAGAGCUCGGAAGUCAGGAUCAACACGAUGCUCACAAUCAGUCGAGUUGCUAUGCUCAUCGACACCGAAGAGGAUGCUACUUUGCUUGCCGCGUUUCAGGCCCUUCUUCCAGAUAUGGUCACUGUUCUGAAGGCUACAAUCGACGCUGGUGAGGAAGCAGAAGUCAUGCAAGCAUUCGAAGUAUUCCAAACACUGCUUGGCUGCGAUGCAGCUCUUCUCAACAAGCAUUUUGGCGACUUGGUCAAGUUUAUGAUGCAAAUUUCCGUCGAAAAAGGCAUAGACGACGAUUUUCGAUCCCAGGCACUGGCCUUCCUUAUGCAAUGUGCUCGCUACCGCAAGCUCAAGCUCCAGUCUUUGCGCCUGGGAGAAGAACUCACCACCAAAGCCCUUUCCAUCGUUCCCGAGCUUGGCGAUCUAAGCAGCGAUGACGAGGAAAUAACUCCAGCGCGUUCGGCUUUGAGCCUGCUCGACAUCCUUGCCUCAAGUCUGCCUCCAAGCCAAGUAGUUGUGCCACUGCUCAAGGCUAUUGGCCCCUAUGUGACUGAUGCGAACCCAGACAAUCGUCGUGCUGGUAUAUUGGCUCUUGGCAUGUGCGUUGAGGGCGCACCAGAUUUCAUUGCGACUCAGCUCCACGAGAUCCUGCCAAUGGUUCUUCGACUGCUUGAAGACCCCAAUGUUCGAGUGCGUGCUGCUGCUCUGCAAGGUGUUGCUCGUCUUUCAGACGAUUUGGCAGAGGAUGUUGCGAAGGAGCAUACCAAACUGAUCCCAGCCAUGAUAAAGAAUUUCGAUCUUGCCGUUCAAUCCAUCCCCACUACUUCUGCCGAGGAUCGUGAGGAACAUCUCGGUAUCAUUCGCGGAACGUGCAAUGCCGUCGACUCGCUUAUCGAAGGCCUUGACAGGAACGAAGCUGCGUCCUACGUUAACGAGCUUGUGCCACGCUUUAGCAAGUUCUUCGAGAUUGAGGACUACAAGACCAAGAUUGCUGCUAUAACGGCAGUUGGUUCUAUUGCUGCCGCAGCCGAAUCAGGAUUCAUGCCAUACUUCGCAAACACCAUGCAAGCUCUUGGCCCUUACGUCCCGCUCAAAGACUCACAGGACGAUCUCGAACUCCGCGGUGCAGUUUGUGACACCAUGGGGAAGAUUGCAUCCGCUGUUGGGGCUGAGCCAUUUCAGCAGUAUGUCAAUCCCCUUAUGCAAGCUUCUGAAGAGGCCCUGCACCUUGAUCACCCACGACUUCGGGAGACUAGCUAUAUCUUGUGGAGCACGAUUGCGAAGAUAUAUGAGGAAAAUUUCUCACAGUAUCUCGACGGUGUUGUCAAGGGUCUGCACCACUGCCUCGAGCAAGAAGAGGCCGAAGCUGAGAUUUCAUUGGGAGCUGAGGCAGCUGCGAUUGCAGGCAAGGAAAUCAAGAUUGGAGGCAAGACAUUUAAAGUUACAGAGGCCGAAGAAUCAGAUGACGACGAGAUCAUCGAACUUGGGGACGAUGAUGAUGAUUUCGAAGAUAUAACCAACCCUGCCACGGCCAUUGCUAUGGAGAAGGAGAUUGCCAUCGAGGUUCUUGGUGACAUUCUCACCCAUACUCGCGCACAAUUUGUGCCGUAUCUCGAGAAAACCGUUGAAAUUAUUCUUCCACUCAUUGAGCACUCAUAUGAGGGCAUUCGGAAAAGCGCUGUUGGAACGCUCUUCAGAGCUUAUGCCUGUGUGUGGGGUCUUGCCGAAGGUCAGGGAAUGGAAAAGUGGCAACCUGGCAUUCCUCUAAAAGUGCAACCCCCAGCACAGCUCUUCAAACUGGGUGCAGAGAUUAUGAAGAACACUCUCGACUUAUGGGAGGAAGAGAUGGAUCGGGGCACCGUCACUGAUAUACACCGCUCUGUCGGUGCCACUCUCAAACUCACUGGUCCAUCGAUUCUCAUGACCGUAGACAAUGGUCAAACCUUCGUAGACCGCAUUUCGCAGGAGUUGAUUGCCGUCUUGACCAAGAAGCACCCUUGCCAACAAGAUCUCGGUGAAGAAGGCGACGAUAUUGACGACGCUCUUCUUGAAGAGUCGAGCGAAUACGACUGGUUGGUCAUUGACACUGCCCUUGACUGCGUCGUUGGACUUGCUGCAGCACUAGGCGGAAGCUUUGGCGAGCUAUGGCAAGUCUUUUCGAAGCACAUCUUGAAGUACGUUUCAAGCCAGGAAGCAGGUGAGCGCUGCUCAGCAGUCGGGUGUAUUGCUGAGGUGAUUGGCAACAUGGGCUCCGCUGUCACUCCAUACACGGACAAGCUUCUUACGGUGCUGAUGAAGCGCUUGAGCGACGAGGAUCCCGAUACGAAAGCGAAUGCUAUGUAUGCAAUUGGCGUGCUCGCUGAGAAAUCCGACGACGUGGACAAGAUUAAAGGCGCAUAUAACUCUAUUCUGUCCAAAUUGGAGCCAGUCCUAGCUCCCGGUGCAACUGCAUCGACUCGUGUUCUUGAUAACGCUGCCGGCUGUGUAGCAAGGAUGAUCAAGAGACACCCUGACGCUGUGCCUCUACCUGAAGUUCUGCCAGCGCUAUUGAAAAUUCUCCCUGUAAAGGAAGACUACGAGGAGAACGGUCCUGCAUUCGAUGCUAUCGUUCAGCUCUAUCAAGCUGGUGAUGCAACCAUCCAGAGUCUCACGUCCGAAGUCAAGCCUGUAAUCGAGAAAGUGCUUAGUCCACCUGAAGAUCAACUGGAUGACGAGACAAGAUCCAAAGUUCUUGAUCUGGUCAAGUAUUUGCAGAGCAAGGGUGCAUGAAUUAGAACGUUUCUCGAAUGAGAAUUUGUAAAUGACUGUAUGAGGUUGGGAAAAGUGCACAGGUUGAGGCGAUGAUACCACGACGACCGUCGAUGCCGGGAAGGAAUGAAACAGGCUAUAUAGACUGCUCCGACAAGAAUAAGACAUUUCAUUUCCUCGACAGCGCUCUGGGUGAGAUAUAACUGCUCUUUCAGCAGCGAGUAAAUUUGCCGUAAGCAAUCAUAUAAGUAAGGCCUAGGGACGUGCUCCCAGAAUACUGAAUGCAUUGUCUGUCCGAA